CACCAGCUGGGGGCGAGCAGACCUCGAACAGCAGUCGCCGCCGCCGCCGCCGCAGCCGCAGCCGCAGCCGUUGCGACCGCAGCUGCGGGGUUCCGAGGCCCCGGAGGUGGGUGACUUCCCACAUGGUGACUGAGAUGUCGUCCACCGCGGCUUUUUACCUUCUCUCCACCCUAGGAGGGUAUUUGGUGACCUCAUUCUUGUUGCUUAAAUACCCGACUUUGCUGCACCAGAGAAAGAAGCAGCGAUUCCUCAGUAAACACAUCUCUCACCGUGGAGGUGCUGGAGAAAAUUUGGAGAAUACAAUGGAAGCCUUUCAGCAUGCAGUUACAAUUGGAACUGAUAUGCUGGAAUUGGACUGCCAUAUCACAAAAGAUGAACAAGUUGUAGUAUCACAUGAUGAGAAUCUGAAGAGAUCAACUGGGGUCAAUGUAAACAUCUCUGAUCUCAAAUAUUGUGAGCUCCCAUCUUACCUUGGCAAACUGGACGUCCCAUUUCAAAGAGCGUGCCAGUGUGAAGGAAAGGAUAACCGAAUUCCAUUACUGAAGGAAGUUUUCGAUGCCUUUCCUAACACCCCCAUUAACAUCGAUAUCAAAGUCAACAACAAUGUGCUGAUUAAGAAGGUUUCAGAAUUGGUGAAGCAGUAUAAGCGAGAACACUUAACAGUGUGGGGUAAUGCCAGUUAUGAAAUUGUAGAAAAGUGCUACAAAGAGAAUUCAGAUAUUCCUAUACUCUUCAGUCUACAACGUGUUCUGCUCAUUCUUGGCCUUUUCUUCACUGGCCUCUUACCUUUUGUGCCCAUUCGAGAACAAUUUUUUGAAAUCCCAAUGCCUUCUAUCAUACUGAAGUUAAAAGAACCACAUACCAUGUCCAGAAGUCAAAAGUUUCUCAUCUGGCUUUCGGAUAUUUUAUUAAUGAGGAAAGCUUUAUUUGACCACCUUACUGCCCGAGGCAUUCAAGUGUAUGUUUGGGUAUUAAAUGAAGAACAAGAGUAUAAAAGAGCUUUCGAUUUGGGAGCAACUGGAGUGAUGACAGACUACCCAACAAAGCUUAAGGAUUUUUUACAUAAUUUUUCAGCAUAGAAAAAGGUACUCAGAAGUAUUCAAAGAAAACACAAAAAGACCUAAGAAAAAAAAUUUCACCAUAAUUUCCCUAAGAUAUUUCCAGAAUGGUAAAAGUUUUAAUCAGUUAAGUUUUUAUUACCUCAUUUUUAAACCUGUAUGAGAAUGUAGAAACUACAUAUUGUAUAUUUAUUUCAGACAAUAUUGCAUAUUUCACAUUUGUAAAUUGUUUAGAAAGAUAACUUGUUAUAAGAUAUGAGUAGAUUAUUGAUUAAGACAUCUGUAUAUGCCAGUGUGGUGGAACACUCCUGUAAUCCCAGCAGCUUGGGAGACUGAGGCAAGGAGGAUCACGAGUUUGAGGCCAGCCUCAGCAACUUAGUGAGCCCCUAAGCCAUUUAGUGAGAUGCUGUCUCAAAAUUCAAAAAAUAAAAAGUCUAAGUAAUUUUGAAAUCAAAGGCUAUUGGAUAAAUUUGUCAUUAGCUUUCACUGGAAUAACUAAUUUAGUAAAAGAAAAUUAUUGAAGGUCAUUAGAGCUGUUUUGCAUUGUCUCAUUAUUUCUAGGUAUAUCAUAAUGAAAAGGGAAAAAUACAAUGGAAAAAGAGCUUGAAAAUCAAUGUCAUAGUUAUCUGGCAAGUUAUAAAUUGUUAACAGAAGGCAGGCUCAAAGAAAUACUUUAUCAGAAACAAAAUCUGUAGACUAAUUAGAUUUCUCGGUUGCUGUUAUGGGAAUAUUGUACUUGUAGUCUUUUUCAGGUGUGUAACAAUGCUACCAUGUCUUUUUUUAUACAUUAAAAACAGACUUUUAAUUUUAAAUUAAGACAAGAUCCAAAUAAUCAUGUUUUUAUGUUUCCUCUAAAGAAAUCUAAAAUUUUCAUUUUCUGGCCUUGACUUGACUGUUUGAACCUCUAUCUAGAUUUUAAAUAAUUUCUCAAAUCCUAAUAAUCUUAUGAAACUGAUGAAAGUACAUAUCAUUGUUCUAAUACUUCUAGUAUGAACCAUCUGUUGCUGAUCCUUAAGGAUUCACUCCUGAGCUGGGUGUGUGGCUCAGAGGUAGAGCACUUGCCUAGCAUGUGCAGGACCCUGGGUUCAAUUCCUAGCAUGGAAAAAAAAUCGUUCUUCUGAGUAUGAAGUAGAAAGAGAAUGUAAUUUCCCAAAACAUUAAACAUCACUUUCUCAGCUUUUCUGAUGUGACUUCGUGUAAAUCUAUUUCUAAUCUUUUUGACUAAUUUUCAUGAUCUCAGAUUGGAAGAUAAAUAUAAUCUGGAGUAAUAAGUGUCUUUUACCUAGAUUAUGCCUCUCAUUUGGAAUUUGCCAACGAUGUAGCUAUGAAGGAUGACCAUACUCUCUCAUCUGCUCCUGGAUGACAUAAAUAUCAUUUGCUUUGUUGUUUAAACUGAAAUAAAGUUUUCCAAGAACAAAAUAAGUGUUCUUGAUUUUCUUUUUACAAUUGUAAUUCCAAAUACACUAUAGAUUUUUUGCAGACUUUAAUGAGAUGGUAUGAGUAAAUAAAUAUAGCUGAGAUUUCUCUCUAGAAUAAAGAAAAUAAAACAUGGAAACACGUUUAUGGUAAGGAAGUUAAUUCUUGGCAAUU